AAUUGGCAGCCUUCGAUUUGUAUAAUGCUUAUCCUAUCUUUAAAUUUGUCUUUAUUCAUCUACUAUCAUUUUUUCUAUUAGUCUUAUUUUAAAGUUGGGAUUUUUCUCACUAAUUGCUUCAUUUCCCACUCUCAUCUCUGGCUUCCCUCAUUUUAAGGUAGUUUAGUGGAACGCUAAUCUAUUUUUAGAAGAUGGAGAUCACCAAUGUGAAUGAGUAUGAAGCCAUUGCUAAGCAAAAAUUGCCCAAGAUGGUGUAUGACUACUAUGCAUCUGGUGCAGAGGAUCAGUGGACUUUGGCUGAGAACAGAAAUGCUUUUUCCAGGAUCUUGUUUCGCCCUCGUAUUCUUAUUGAUGUAACCAACAUAGACUUGACUACAACUAUUUUGGGUUUCAAGAUCUCCAUGCCGAUCAUGCUUGCCCCUACCGCUAUGCAAAAGAUGGCUCACCCUGAAGGGGAGUAUGCAACAGCCCGGGCAGCAUCAGCAGCUGGAACUAUCAUGACACUAUCUUCAUGGGCUACAUCAAGUGUCGAAGAAGUCGCUUCAACUGGACCAGGCAUCCGAUUUUUUCAGCUCUAUGUAUACAAGGACAGGAAUGUAGUGGCUCAACUUGUGAGACGAGCUGAAAGGGCCGGGUUUAAAGCUAUUGCCCUCACGGUUGACACACCGCGAUUAGGACGUAGAGAAGCUGAUAUCAAGAACAGGUUUGUCUUACCGCCUUAUCUAACAUUGAAGAACUUCGAGGGUCUUGACCUUGGCAAGAUGGACCAAGCGAAUGACUCUGGUCUUGCCUCAUAUGUUGCUGGUCAGAUUGAUCGAUCCCUGAGCUGGAAGGAUGUGAAGUGGCUUCAGACAAUCACCAGCCUCCCCAUCCUAGUCAAGGGUGUAAUUACUGCUGAAGAUGCAAGGCUCGCCGUUCAAAAUGGAGCAGCUGGAAUUAUCGUAUCUAACCAUGGAGCCCGUCAGCUUGAUUAUGUUCCUGCUACUAUAAUGGCUCUUGAAGAGGUUGUCAAAGCUGUGCAAGGUCGUCUUCCUGUGUUCUUGGAUGGCGGUGUUCGUCGAGGAACUGAUGUCUUCAAAGCAUUGGCAUUGGGUGCCGCUGGUGUAUUUAUUGGAAAACCCGUGGUGUUCUCCCUUGCUGCAGAAGGAGAGGCAGGUGUUCGCAAGGUGCUUCAGAUGAUGCGCGACGAGUUCGAGCUAACUAUGGCUCUAAGCGGUUGUCGCUCACUGAGCGAGAUCACACGCAACCAUAUUGUUACCGAUUGGGAUGCUCCUCGUGCAGCUCGUAUUGCACCAAGAUUAUAAGACAUAUUGUGCAAGUAUAUGGAAACUGCAUAUCGAGCAAAAGGAAUUCAAACACUAUAAUUUGUAUUCUCAUUUUUGAUUUGUGACCAUCAAAUGGAUGCUUGUGUAUCUUUGAAUGCCUACUCUGCCUUCAUUGUA